UAGAGCAAGACCAGCAGCUAGCGGCAACCAUGGCCACUACUCGCGCGCUCGUCUUCCUCCUCGGCGUCGUCGCCGUCGUGUGCGGCGUCGACGCGGUGACCAUCACCGUGGUGAACCGGUGCAGCUACACGGUGUGGCCGGGCGCGCUCCCGGGCGGCGGCGUGCGGCUGGACCCGGGCAGGUCGUGGACGCUCAACGUGCCCUCCGGCACAAAGGCCGCCAGGAUCUGGCCGCGCACGGGCUGCAGUUUCGACGGCAGCGGGCGCGGCCGCUGCGUCACCGGCGACUGCCGCAACGCGCUGGCCUGCUCCGUGUCCGGCACGCCGCCGACGACGCUGGCGGAGUACACCCUGGGCACCCCGGGCGUGGGCGACUCCACCGACUACUUCGACCUGUCCGUGAUCGACGGGUUCAACGUGCCGAUGAGCUUCCAGCCGGCCAGCAACGGCGAGCGGUGCAGCCGGCGGCGCGGGCCGACGUGCGCGGUGGACAUCACGGCGCAGUGCCUGCCGGAGCUGAGGGUGGCGGGGGGGUGCGACAGCGCGUGCGGCAGGUUCGGCGGCGACACCUACUGCUGCCGGGGACAGUACGAGCACAACUGCCCGCCGACCAAGUACUCCAAGUUCUUCAAGGAGAAGUGCCCUGACGCCUACAGCUACGCCAAGGACGAUCAGAGCAGCACCUUCACCUGCCCUGCCGGCACCAACUAUCAGAUCGUCAUGUGCCCUUAAAUCAUGACUUAUAUAUAAUUAAACCUGAUAUUGUAUGCUCACAUCUAUAUAUGCAAUAAUAAGGGCAUAUAGUAGUGAUGUUGUUGAUCACUGCUACGUGCAUUGGCAAUUUGGCAUGCACAUGCUCCAUGUAAUGUUAAGUUGGUGAAUGAUGAUGAAUAAAUCGUAUCUUUAAU